GCGAAAGCUAAGGCGGAGAUGUCACAGCAAAGGACACCGCCGAGAGUUACUGCGCAGGCACCGGCAACAGCAUCUGUGCCGUCGAAGGUAUCGGGAUCUACUCCAGGAAGUGCGCCGAGGUAUAGAGUUGGUCUGUCUAAACGAAGCAAAGUGCCUAGUUUGUUAAGGAGCGUCAAGAGAAGUUGAGGGACGGAACUCAGUUGGUUUUCACAUCACUGCUGGUAACAUCUGAGGCAUUCGGAGUUAAUCGGGCGUUGGAUACGGCGUUAUAUUUUUUAGUGACUAUCAUGGUCCUUGACGGACAAUAUAAACUCUGGAACACACAUAUUCUCGGAUACCCUUCAUGCUCGCUUGAUCUCCCAUUGCAUAUCGAUAAUGGAGACUUCCGCUCCCGCUUUCUCAUCGUAAUCAUACCAAUCCUCCGUAAGAUCCACUCCUUCAAACUUCGUUCCGCUC